AUGGCAAACUCAAAACUACUGCGAGAAGCUGUGGUCAUUCUGGGUGCUGGCACACAAGGAAGACGCCUAGCUUACAUGUGGUCUAGUACUGGAAAGCCUGUUCACCUGGUUGAUCAACAAGAGAGCCAAUUAUCGCAAGGACUCGACCACGUCCAUCAGCUUCGUACAUCGUCUUCUUCUAUUUCUACUAAUUGGGGUAAAAUCACAACAUCCAAGCCAAGCAGCCUCAAAGAAGAGUUGGAAAAGGCUUGGUUGGCAAUUGAGUGCGUGCCAGAGAAUUUCGCCUUGAAACAGAGCGUAAUCAGCCAACUCGACAACUUGGCUCCAGAUCAGACAAUCCUUGCUUCCAAUUCUAGUAGCUAUGUGAUUGGGGAAAUUAUUGAGAAUUUGUCGCUCAACAACCCGCGGAGGGUACUCAGUGCUCAUUGCUACUGGCCACCGGAAACUCCAGCCAUUGAAAUAAUGGGAUACGAGCAGACUGACCCGUCUAUCAUUGACCUGCUUGUCAAAAAGAGCGAAGAACAUGGCUUUACCCCAUAUAGAGUGAGGAAGCCAUCAGUUGGAUACAUUUAUAACAGAAUUUGGGCUGCCAUCAAGCGAGAAACACUACUCACUUUAUCAGAAGGUGUGGCAUCCCCGAAUGAGAUUGAUGCGAUUUUCAGAGAUGUUCUGAAGACACCAAAAGGACCAUGUGAGCUCAUGGAUGUGGUUGGUUUGGAUGUUGUCUUGGAUAUUGAAAAGCACUAUGCAGAGACGCGUAAAAACUUACCUAGUGAACCACAAAAGUAUUUACAGGACAUGAUUGAUGCAGGUAAUCUUGGAGUGAAGAAUUCCAGAGGAUUUUAUAAGUAUCCUAGGGAAUGA